AUGUUACGAAAGUUACAUACAGUGAUGAAACUAAAAGAACUUGUGAAAGAAUCUCAGUUAGCGAAUUCUUAUCGACAGUCUAUAAAAGCAGCAAUUAAAAACGGUGAAAGUUUGGGUGACAAUGUCACUAAAGUGCACAAAAACCUUAAAAAGGCAGGUCAAGAAAAUAAGGCCAAGAAGUUAAGCAGGCUACCAAGGCCGCAAAAACGAUCAAAAUCGUUAAUAGAACUCAGUGGAGCUUAUGAACCCGAACGUUACCGUCCGCCUCCUGAACUUGUGAAAGAAUCUCAGUUAGCGAAUUCUUAUCGACAGUCUAUAAAAGCAGCAAUUAAAAACGGUGAAAGUUUGGGUGACAAUGUCACUAAAGUGCACAAAAACCUUAAAAAGGCAGGUCAAGAAAAUAAGGCCAAGAAGUUAAGCAGGCUACCAAGGCCGCAAAAACGAUCAAAAUCGUUAAUAGAACUCAGUGGAGCUUAUGAACCCGAACGUUACCGUCCGCCUCCUGUCGGGCUGAAUACAGGUCCUUCUGAAAAAUUACGUUUAGCCCACUUAAUGACGUAUGGUGAAGAACCAACAGUGAAAUCAUUAAAAAAUGAUCAAAUUAAAGAUGGGAGAUUAGAAUAUUUAAGUCGACGUAUAUUGAAGUAUCCGAAAGUCACUGGGGAUGAUGAUGAUGAUGGCCAUGAUAACCAAUCUGAAAACUGUAAGGAUAGAUUUGAAGAAUUAAUGGAUGAAGUCAAUGAAAGACGUGAAUUCUUAGCACAAAUGGAAAAUCUCGGGAGAGUGAAAGAAUAUCGAGCUACUAUUGAAACAGAAAUAUCACAAUUGAUUCGUGAAAUGGAAGAAAUUGACUUGAAAAGAACCAAACAAAUGUAUGCAAAAGAUAAUAAAGCAAAGUAA